AUGGCAUCUUCUUCAUCAAGUGUAGCAGUCGGGCUGCUUAUAUCAAUACUAGCCAGCUUUUUUAUGGUUUCAUCCGCUGGGAAAUUCAACCAAGAUUUUGAUAUCGUAUGGGGACAAAACAAAGCGAAGGAGCUCAACUAUGGACAGAUCCUUACUCUGAAUCUUGACAAAGAGUCUGGCUCAGGUUUCGAAUCCAAGAAUGAAUAUCUAUUUGGAAAGAUUGAUAUGCAGAUCAAGCUUGUCCCCGGAAAUUCUGCUGGCACGGUCACUGCUUACUAUCUAUCCUCAAAAGGAGCAAACUGGGAUGAGAUAGACUUUGAAUUUCUGGGAAACGUUACUGGUGAACCUUACAUUCUUCAUACAAAUGUGUUUUGCCAAGGCAAAGGCAAUAGAGAACAACAGUUCUACCUUUGGUUUGAUCCCACCAAAGAUUUUCACACCUACACCAUCCUUUGGAACCCUCAACGCAUUAUCUUCUAUGUAGAUGGCAUUCCCAUUAGAGAAUUUGAGAACUUGGAGUCUUAUGGCAUUCCUUUCCCAAGGCAUCAGCCAAUGAGAAUUUACUCUACCCUUUGGAAUGCCGAUGACUGGGCGACCAGAGGAGGGCUUGUGAAGACAGAUUGGAGCCAAGCACCCUUCACUGCUUCCUACACAAACUUCAAUGACGACAACGCUUGUGUUUGGACUUAUGGGCAAUAUUCUUCUUGCGAUUCAAAUAAUGAUAAUGGUGCGUGGUACUGGGAAAAGCUGAGCUUUGCAAGGCGAGGACAGAUGAAAUGGGUGCAGAAAAACUAUAUGAUUUACAAUUAUUGCACAGACUAUAAACGAUUUCCGUACGGUCUCCCUGAAGAAUGCAAUAUCAAGAAUCAGGAAUUUUGA